GUACUUUCAUAGACUCUUAGAAUCUACAUACAGCUUUUGCGAAUGUAAGCAAAUAAAACUCCUUAAAGGACGCUCCAGUCGUCAAAUACAGUAACGGCCUAAAUUUCUCUCUCUCUCUCCCUCUCCCUCUCCCUCUCUCUCUCUCUCUCUCGCUGCCAGGGUCAGCCGAGGUGAUUGAGAACCUGCGAUCGGGUAAGAGGCUAUUUAAGAUUUAUAUCACUGGUGAAGAUGAAAAUGAAACAGGCUUUAAGAAGUCUUGAUGCAUUUCCUCGUGCUGAAGAGCACUUGUUGCAGAAGACGCAAUCUGGAGCACUUGUCUCUAUCAUUGGUUUGGUCAUAAUGGCAACACUGUUCUUGCAUGAAUUGGGGUAUUAUCUUACUACACAGACAGUUCACCAGAUGUCCGUUGACUUAAAGCGGGGAGAAACACUUCCUAUCCACAUAAAUGUGACAUUUCCUUCUUUGCCUUGUGAUGUUUUAAGUGUGGAUGCUAUUGAUAUGUCAGGCAAACAUGAAGUGGAUCUUGAUACAAACAUAUGGAAACUCCGCUUGAAUAUUGAUGGCCAUAUUGUUGGUACUGAAUAUCUAUCUGAUCUUGUGGAGAAGGAGCAUGCAGAUCAUAAGCAUGAUGGAGAAAAAGAUCAUCAUGCAGAACCAUCACAUACAAUUCAUACACAUGGCUUUGAUCAUGAUGCUGAAAAUAUGGUCAAGAAAGUGAAGCAAGCAUUGGCUGAUGGAGAAGGGUGCCGGGUUUAUGGGGUUCUAGAUGUCCAAAGGGUUGCUGGAAAUUUCCAUAUUUCAGUUCAUGGGCUAAAUAUUUUUGUUGCUCAAAUGAUAUUUGAAGGUUCCAGUCAUGUGAAUGUAAGUCACAUGAUUCACGACUUAUCUUUUGGGCCAAAAUAUCCUGGAAUUGACAAUCCACUUGAUGGGACAGUGCGGAUUCUUCACGGGACUAGUGGGACAUUCAAGUAUUACAUAAAGAUUGUUCCAACAGAAUACAGAUAUAUCUCUAGAGAAAUUUUACCAACUAAUCAAUUUUCUGUCACGGAGUAUUUUUCUCCCAUGAACGAGUACGAUAGAACAUGGCCAGCUGUUUACUUUUUGUACGAUCUGUCACCCAUCACCGUGACAAUUAAAGAAGAACGGCGCAGUUUUCUCCAUUUCAUUACUCGGCUUUGUGCAGUAUUAGGUGGCACAUUUGCUUUAACCGGGAUGCUAGAUCGUUGGAUGUACAGGCUUAUUGAGACAUUAACAAAACCAACCCCCAGAAGCGUAUUCUGAUAGAGCUGAGGAGAUCUGUUGUUGCCCUCAAUUUGCAUUUGCAAUUAUCCUUUUUUUUUUUUUUUAAAUGAAACUGGUGCAGCAGAAGAGCCUCUAGUUAUUAUGUAGCAGAUGGUAGAUGAAAAUUCCAAAUUGGUUUUUUUUUUUGUUCUUGUUUUGUUCGUUUUUAUUUUUGUUUUCGUUUUGCUUGGCCCUUUCCAAUGAAUCAAAUUGUAAAUUUGCAUUGUGAUUCCUCGCAUUGCAUUUUUAUCUGAUCAACAAUAGGGAUUAUUUUCUUUUUAGUAUGAUGUGUCAAAAGCAUAGAAAGGAUGAAGAUUUGGAGUCCGGUUAAGAGGAAAUAUAAAUGCAAGGUUAUAUUUUCAUUUA